UUGAAUAGAACCCACCAUAUUCAAGACAUCGCCUGCUACUUCGGCUACUAAAUCAGCCAAACUGUCAAGAUGGCCGCCUGUGUGCACGCUCUCCUCCUGGUCCUCUUGUUUGUAGCGCUCACCCACGUUACUGCGGGAGAGGAAUUUUACGAAGAGACGUUUUCAUCUGUAAAUCUGUUCGGGUUGUACAAGUCGUUCAGCCAUAGCAGACGAUGCAACUCUAGAGAAUACGACGGGUCUGCGUGGACUGCGGUUUAUUGUUUAAUUGUCGUCAUCUUUUUGCUCAUUGCCAAAAUGGUAUUUGGGAAAAAACAAAAAGGAAAUCAAGUUGAAGCAGCUGACAAGGGAAACAAUAUUCCAGAGAAUCCUAUCCACCCCAAGUCCUCACAGUCCAUCGAUGAGAUCAAAGAAAACUCAGGUAGAAUCCAUGUUGCUGCUUACCAGAAGAUCGUGGAGUCAGGGACCCAGAAGAAGCUCUACACUGGUGAUUAG